ACAGAUUAUGUUUUCUUCCAGACAUACAUCAGAACAACCUAUGAUGCAGAUUGCAUUCCAGUACACAGUUGUUGUUCCCCCUGAGGAACUCUCUAGUCCAGGUUCUUUAAGUAGAGGCAAACAUUCUCUUAAACGGCGACUGAGGAUACGAACCAUGCAAUUUGGAGCAGCACAAAAUAUUAGUGAACUUUAUAACAGUGUUGAUCCUGAAGCAGUAUUAUCGCUACUUGUUCACAAGGUUAUAUUGGCUUCCUUGGAGCAAGGAGUAAGAGAGGGCAGGGUGCUGCUUCAUGAUUGGCUAGUAAUCCUCACUGCUCAAUACAAUGAGGCUUUUAAACUUGUCCAAUACAAGAAUGGAGGUGGUUUGAUGACUGGUCAGAUUGAUAAUGCAUUCACACAAUGUCCACAGCUACAAGAUUUGCCUCGCUUGGUUUUUGCAUUACUUCGAAAUCCUCUUCUCCGCUUCCAUGAAGAAGGUGUCCACCCUGACUAUCAGAUCUACCUGCAUUGUCUUUUCAGUGCAUUGGAACCAAGUUCCCUUCACCGUGCUGUGUAUCCAGUACUAAUGUCUUACUCAACACCAGAUAAACAAGCAUACCCACGACACUCAUUGAGCCGUGCUGCACUGAUCACCAGUGGUAGUCCAAUAUUUCUUCUCGAUGCUUUUACAAGUCUUAUAGUCUUUUACUCUUCUACAGCAGACCCUAGCUUGCCUUUUCCUCCCCCUCAUGAUUGUUUACUGCGGACUACAAUUAACAGAUUGAAGCAAGAGCGGAGUAUUAGUCCCAAACUCAUAUUCAUACGUGGUGGGCAGGAUGAUGCCACAGCAUUUGAGAACUAUCUUAUCGAGGAGCAGGAUGUUGGUGGAAGUGGGCUCACUAGCGUGAUGGGUUUUGUUACUUUCCUUGAAGAUAUCACCCAGAAUGUGCUGGAGUACUUUAAGUAGAAUGCAAAAUUGGCUCCAAUGACAAAUUACACCUUGAAUUACUCACGAUCUUUUAAAAACUCUACCUACAUUGUAGCAGUUCAACUGCUUGGCCAGAGUAGAUUGGGGGGUUCCAAACCAUAGCAGAAGCCAGGGGAUCUGUUGACUGUUGUUGUUAGCAUACCUAUUUCCUUCACCCCCAAGCCAGUGUUUACAGAGCAUCUUUGGCCUGGCUGCUUGAGCGUUGCUGAAGACAAAGUAAACCCCAUUACCCCUUGAUGGGAAGCCGAUGACAGUCAUUCAGUAUGCCCAUUUCCUUCUUCACCAUACCAAAAAAGGACCGUUCUGUCACAGUUAGGUACACAGUCAAACUUCUAAGAUGCAAAGGCAAGCUUUUGUGAAAAUAAUGAGUUUUUGUUAGAAUCAAUACCACCUGAAUCAAACCCUACAAGGGGACUAUACUUUUGAUAAGAUUUUUCUUUCCUGAAAAGAUUUUGUUUAGAGAUUUUGUUUUUGCUUCAAGAGAAAUUAAAAACGAUCUGGUUAU